CCCCAUUACCCAAUCGUCCCGCCCCGUCCCCAUAAUAAUUAACUUAGCCGUGCAGUGCCUUUCAUUAUUCAUUAUUCAGUUUGGCUGCUGCCUUCUGGCACCGCCCCAAAGAAGAACUUCUUCACUCACUCACUCUCAGUCUUCUCUCUCUCUCUCUCCUUACAUUGUUCCUGGCCGAGUUCUUUGCUUGCCAAACCAGGUCUCAUCGAUCUCUCUGAUUCGAUCUCAUUCAAUUUUCACAUAUCACCCACCUUUCUUGACUUGCUUGUCCCCCCGUUUCAGCAGUCUUUCUGCACCCGUGGAUCGACGUCAUCCCCCGUCGCCUCCCAAGCCUCGCAUAGAGAAGAGAUUCAGCCACCAUGGGUAUUCUGCUACCUCGAGAUUGCCGUCAGACGUACUUGGAUGGCUAUGUCUGCGAUGGCAAUAGCUGGUAUGACUGGGGUCGAUGGAUCGCCUUCGCGGUGAUUGUUGGAGUAGCCUUACUUGUCUUCUUCCUUUUCGCUUGCUUCAACGCUCGCCGUCGGCGCAGACAAGGCCUUCGCCCUCAUCCGGGCACCGCAUGGCUCGCAGGCCCUCCCCCGACCUUCCAGCAAUCACAGCAACAGCAACAGCCUGGACAACCGUACUACGCAGACCCCUACUAUCAACCUGCACCGCCGCCGCAAUACUCCCCUCAUCCUCAAUACGGCUACUUUGGAGGCCAGCAGCAAACGGGCAUCGAGCUGCAAACGCCACAGAAUGCCUACCACAACGGUGGCGACCGCGUAUAUCAACCACCACCGGGACCUCCUCCGGCUUCCAAGGUCUAAACACGGGCUUUGGCUUCCAACGAAAUGAAUAAGAUGUCUGUUUCUCAAGGACUUCCUUGAUCGACCACUGUUCUAAUCGCCCAGUCGGCUUGCUCCCAGCCCGCCACUGAGAUAUGUCGCCCUCCACCCUCUCCAGCCAUGCGACUGGGGAAGAGGUUGUGACGAGGGAAUGUGUGACGGGACUUAUGAGUUUCUUUUCUUUCGUGUCGUAUCUCCUACUCGUAUUCUAAUGACUUCGUCGGGGUGUUGCUAUGUGUUUUCCUUUUGAUCUUCUUCCGUGUUAUUUUUGGGAGCCUGGCUUGCAUGAUGUUUCGAUACCUUCCAUUGCACCUAUUUUAUUUUUACUGUGUCAUGUCGCACUGUUCAAACCAGCGGCCUGUCUCUUACACGGAUGUGAAUUCUUCUCUAAUGCAUAUAAAUGAACUCCUAAGAGACAAGUAUGAGUAUGUCGCUCGAUGGACCCGAAUC